AUGUCUUUAUCGCAAAUAGCAAAAGAAACGGUUUGCGAUUCUACAAAUCAACUUUUACAUAAUUACCACAGCCAAAAUCACAUUCAUCAAAGUGUAAAAACAAAAAUCAAUAACGAAACCACCACAAAGGUUCAAAGUAAGCCAUUAUCGUCCCCAUCCUCACGAUCGUUACUCGGAAAUCUUAAUUUUGGUCUCGCUAGCAACCGAAAACAAUCCAAUCAUCAUCACAUACUAAAGAAAUCUGUGAACGUAAAUAAUUCAAUUCUCUCGCCUAGUGACAUCAAACAUAUAAGCUCAUAUGCUCGUACCAUUGAUACUUCAAAAAAGGAAUGGAUCAUAAAACAUCGUCGAUUAGCAUCAAAUCUUUUAGAUAUAUUUAAGGAAGGAAUAACUCGUGGCGAUAAGGACACACUUCUGGCUUCCGAAAUAAGAAAAUUUCUUCGUGCUAAUGAGAACCCUGAAGAUGACGUACAAGCUGGUAUAAAAUUCUUUGGAACAGCAGCAGUCAGUUAUAUGCAAGGAACUAUAGGAAAAAUUGAAACAUAUUUCAUAACACCAGAGUUCAAAGUUAAAAUAGAAGCAAUUCAUAAACAUGAGAAAAACUACAGUAUAGUAGUCAUGAAAGAAAUUUUAGGUCAGAAAGAGAAUAACAAUAAGUAUUUCUGA